AUGUGCACUGAGGAGGAGCUUCAAAAGGAGGAGCUUCAGGAGGUGGUGAAGCAGCACCUCCUCAGCCUCCUGCACCUCCUCUCUCCUCCUAACAUCACCCACGCUCCACCGCGCGCCGCUCUACGCUCCGCUCUGCGUCGAGUCCAUGCAGAACUGCAACCAGACGGACGAGUGCAGCUCACACCUGAGCCCACCCCCCACACCUAUGACAUCAUCAGCUUCUCUGAGAGAGAUCACAUGACCCUCUCGCCGUCAGCCAUGUUCUUCCUCGUCUCAGAAGGAAACCACAGUCUGUCGGUGACUCAGGCGUCUGUGUGGCUUUACCUGCGCGUGGCCCCGCCCCCUCAGGCCCCAGCCCCUCACAGAGUGUGUGUGCAGCUGUACCAGCAGGGGGCGGGUUUCAGCAGUGGGUGGAGCCUGAGUGAGCGGUGUGUGCGAGUGCGGCGCAGCGGCUGGAUCAGUGUGGACGUCACUGCGUCACUGCAGUCUGUGCUGAGGGAGCGUGAGAGACGCCUCAAUGUUGAGGUGCACUGUGGGGGGUGUGAGGAGAGAGGGGUGUGGCCGGAGCUCAGAGGCCCCGCCCCAUCCUCCCCCCACAGCCCCUUCCUGCUGGCUCACACUCGCCUCCCCCCCCUCAGACAGAGGCGGUCACUGCAGUGUGAGGAGGGGGAAGAGCUCUGCUGCAGACAGCACUUCUUCAUAGAUUUCAGAGCUCUAGGUUGGAGCCAAUGGAUCAUAGCGCCCUCUGGAUACCAGGCCAGCUACUGCAGGGGACGCUGUCCUGCACACAUGUAUGGGGCGCCAGGCUCCGCAUCUUCUUUCCACACCGCUGUUGUCAACCAAUACCGGCUCCGAGGGUUAGGCCACGCCCUUGGAAGUUCCGACAUCAAAGAACCCGCCCCAUCCUGCUGCGUUCCCACACGUCUCGCCCCCAUGUCCCUGUUGUACUUCGACGACGACUUCAACAUUGUGAAGAGAGACGUGGACAACAUGGUGGUGGAGGAGUGCGGCUGCUCCUAG